AUGAUUGCAACAGGGGGCCUCCUGCGUAUAAACCGGCGCCAGGACUCCCAGCACUCUGAGAACCAAGCUGAGAACAAGAGGAAGAGGAAACAAGCCAAGAGAAAGAAGAACGAUGUUGUGGUGAAACGAGCCAGAGGCCAGCUGCUGUUUGCCAAGGUGUGUGACCAUCUGAACCUGCUGGAGACGGACUACUUUGGCAUCACGUACCGCGACGUGGAGAACCAGAAGAACUGGCUUGACCCGAACAAGGAACUGAAGAAGCAGAUAAGGAGUGGCCCCUGGAACUUUGGCUUCAACGUCAAGUUCUACCCCCCAGACCCUGCCCAGCUGUCUGAAGACAUUACCAGGUACUACCUGUGUCUCCAGCUGCGUGAUGACAUGGUGUCUGGUCGUCUCCCCUGUUCCUUCACCACCCACACCAUACUGGGCUCCUACACGGUCCAGUCAGAGCUGGGGGACUACGACCCCGAGGAGACGGAGUACAACAGUGAGCUCCGCUUCGCUCCGAACCACACCAAGGAACUCGAGGACAAGGUCACGGACCUACACAAGAACUACAAAGGGAUGUCCCCAGCUGAAGCAGAGUUACACUUCCUGGAGAAUGUUAAGAAACUGUCCAUGUAUGGAGUAGACCUGCAUCACGCCAAGGACUCUGAAGGCGUAGAGAUCAUGCUAGGAGUGUGCUCCAGUGGUCUGCUCAUCUACAGAGACAGACUGAGAAUCAACAGGUUCGCCUGGCCCAAGGUCCUCAAGAUCUCCUACAAGAGAAACAACUUCUACAUCAAGAUACGGCCUGGAGAGUUUGAGCAGUUUGAGAGCACGAUUGGCUUCAAGCUCCCUAACCACCGUGCAGCCAAGAGGCUGUGGAAGACCUGUGUCGAGCACCACACGUUCUUCAGGUUGGUGUCUCCAGAGGCCCCCCCGAAGAAGUUCCUAGGACUUGGUUCUAAGUUCCGCUACAGCGGUAGAACCCAGGCUCAGACCCGGAGAGUCUCCUCUCAGAUCAUCAGGGCCGCACCCAUCUUCGAACGCUCCUCCUCCAAACGCUACACCAUGUCGCGCAGCCUGGACGGAGCGCCCGUAACAGAGAACCACGACACCCUGAUGAGGGAAGCCACGCCCGCCAAAACUGUCGCCGCUGGAGACCUGAUCACCACGGUAACGCCGGAGAAGAAGGCGGAGGAGGAGAAGGCCGAGGAAGAGGAGGGACAGACCGACGCUACAGAGACGUCAGAUCCUAAUGUCCCCUCAACCCCCCUCAGACACGACAACAAGCGCUCCCCGUGCCUGUAUUCCUGUGACCCCCUCCGCUCUGAGCUCUCCCUCCCUUCCUCCCCCGUGGCCUCCACCAAGGUCCGUCGGCGGCGCAGGGAGAACGCGUCCCGUAAACGCUGUGCGUCCGUCAGCCCGGUUAAAUCCUCUGCGGGGUGCCGUCGGCGCCAGGCCAAAGCGGACCGCGCCGCCGCCCUCCUAGAGGAGCAGGUGUUACUCCUGUCGGCCCGGAAACAGCGUCUAGAACAGCUGAAGGCCCACGGGAGGCGGGGCGGCACUCUGUUCUCCUUCUCCCUGCACCUCCCCGACCUCUCCUCUUACCUAGACGAGGAUGGCUACCUGACCUUCCCCGACAUCACGGAGCUCACCUUCCUCCCUGAGAGCGUUCAGCACUUCCGUCCGUUCAGGUCACCCUCCCUCAUCCCCUGCUUCCUCUUCAUCUUCUUCUUCCUCUUGUCCACGUCGUUCUCGGUGCCCUACGCCCUCACGCUGUCCUUCCCGCUGGCGCUGUGUCUCUGCUACCUGGAGCCCAAGGCGGCUUCUCUCACCGCCUCCGUCGCUCAGGGCCUGCAUCAACAUGACAGUUGUUCAGAGGAAGAGGAAGAGGAAGAGACGGACAGCGAGCAAACUGACUUUGCCUUUGACGGGGAAACUACGGCCACGGAGUCGGAGCCGGAAGAUGAUCACUCUGAGAUGAGGACACAGUAUAGUUUCAUAAGGCGAAUUAAAGGAGAGAACGUUUUUAUCAAGCAUAGUAAUCUCAUGUUAGAGAACACAGAGGCGUCGGAGGAGCUGGUGAAACGUCAGAGAGACGUCAGUGAACUGAAGCGCUCCUUCCUGGAGACGUCAGGUGGCGCCGAAUCCCUGGGACUGACGGAGUGGGAGAAGAGACUGUCCUCGUCUCCUCCGGCGCGCUCCCACAGCGAGGGAGUGGAGGAGGCGCCCAUGAUAGAGCCACUAAACACCCCACAGGACUCAGAGACCGAGGAAGUUCCUGCUGCUGAGGAAGAAAUGAAGCAGGAGGUACAAGCCAAUGGCAUUGAGAGCCCGGCUGAAGAGGAAGAGGAGGAGGAGGAGGAGGAGGAGAUUGCUGAGACAGCACAGUCUACAGGACCUACGAAACCCGAGGCUGUGCCAGCAGUGGAGUCUAUCACCAAGGAGGUACCUGUCGUCCACACGGAGACUAAAACCAUCACGUACGAGUCUUCAGAGGGUGACUACAAUGGUGAUGUGGAACCCGGUGUUCUGAUGAGCGCACAGACCGUCACCUCGGAGACCACCAGCACCACCACGACCACGCACAUCACUAAGACUGUGAAAGGAGGGAUCUCUGAGACCAGGAUAGAGAAGAGGAUUGUCAUUACAGGAGAAGCAGGAGAUAUCGACCAUGAUCAGGCUCUGGCCCAGGCCAUAAAGGAGGCCAAAGAGCAGCACCCUGACAUGUCAGUGACCAAAGUAGUGGUUCAUAAAGAGACAGAGAUCACACCUGAGGGAGAGGACUGACCCAGGAGUAAAGCCCAGGACCGUUUUUAAGGACUCCCCUCAAACCUCCAGCGUCCAACUCCCAACGUCAUGAUGGGUUUCAUUACAUUACUGUGCCUGCCUGCUGGGCCUGUUGUAAAACUACAGUGGAGACGACACAGGCCAGCCGAGUGUUCUACAGACAGUCUUGUUCUAUAGAAAUACCUUCUAUAGAGCGGGCUUCCCCGUUCAAGUCAAUGAUGGCGUAAUAGAUUCUAAUUCUAUGCUCGGCGCUCUCUAUGAUGCCGUUCCUAAUCUGAGCUCCAUGUGCUUACCUUGGCUUUACUGCCUAAAUUGUGAUGUCAACGGAAGAUUAAAGUCAAAAUGAGGUAGUUACGAUUUAUGCCUAUCGCCAGUCCCAGCCGUCAUUAUAAAAAAUUUAAAAAAUGUAUAUUUGCAUGAGCAGAAUGCCGCAAUUAUUAUAAUAAAAAAUAAAAUUAAUCAAGAUUUACUGUGAGAUAAUAAACAAACAGGCUAUUAAAUCACUUGAACUCUCGCUGAACUCUACAACAGGCAGGUUGAUUUCAUUCACCGUCUUGCUAUCUAUUUAAGAUAUUAUAAACAGUCUUGUUUUUGUUUUGGUCAGCGUUCUUUAUUUUAUUUAUGAAAUGAAAAUCCAUCACUCCGAGAGAGGGGGGGGAAAGAAGAAGUUAAACUGCUGUAGGCUUUAUGUGACCUAUUAGAGCACACAACAAUAUUAUUCUAAUGACUUAGUAGAUGGUAGAAGUGCCAACCUCAAUGCCAACCCACUCCCAUCGUCUCAGAUAGAAAUUUACAUUUAAAUCCACUCUUACAACAAAGUCCUGUAUGUGUUGUCCUGGGCAACAGCAACUGCAAACAAAAGGCAGAUUAUAUCGUCUAUAUUCAGCAACAAAUUAUUUUAUUCGUGUUGUAUUGUAUUUUUUUUUUUUUUUUGUCUGAACAUUUUGUCAGUAUUCUUUAUUCAAACAUUGAAGCUUAUUUCCAAAUGUCCCAGAUCGGUUUGUCCUCGUGGCAACUCUAUAUCACCCAUGGAGCGACAUGGAGAUGACAUGAUGGCACUAUCCGACUGGCACCCAGGCUAUAUUUGAGACGGUUGACAGUCUGUUUUAAAAAACACUUUCUAGAUGGGGGGGGGGGGGGAUUACAUAGUUUGUGCCCAGUUUGAGACGAUGACAGUCUGUUUUUUUUUUUUUAACACUUGUCUCGAUGUGGGUUUUACUUGUAUUGUUGUGAUCUAUCUGCAAACGGACACAAAUGGUAUACAUUCUCCUCUGUAUUAAUUAAUGGCUGGACUACAUUUCCCACAAUGCUGUGUGUGACUGACUGAAAGGCCCAGGACUCAAGCUAACAGGACUGCUCUGUCCAGAUGAACAUAUUUUGGUCUGAAAUGGCACCCUAUCCUCUAUAUAGUGCACUACUUUUGACCAGAGCCAUAUGAGAUUCACUAUAAAGAGGAUAUGGUGCUAUUUGUGACUCAUCCAAAGACAAGUAUUUGAUCAGAUCUGUCAGUCAAUCAGGUGAAUGUCUCAGAAGCCGUAAUAGUUCUGUUCUACCAGUAUCAUAGUUGCUUCUAGACACUGAUCUUGGGUCAGUUUUUGAAUUUUCCCUACUAUGGCUAAGGUUGGGAUUGGGUGGGGGGGUGGGGUGGGGUCUAAUUUUGAAUUGAACCUUAAUUGUACUUGACAAGUAAAUUUAAGAAAAAAAAUCUUAUUCACAAUGAUGGCCUACCCCAGCCAAACCCUUCCACAAACCCAGGCGACACUGGGACUCCCGAUCACAGCCCGUUGUGAUACAGACCCGGGUCUGUAGUGACGCCUCCCAACACUGCGAUGCAGUGCCUUAGACCUCUGCGCCACUCGGUCCCCAAUAGCUGAUCUAAGCUGAUCCUAGAUCGGUACCUAAAAGGUAAACUUCACCCCAGAGCCAGUGUCAUCAAUAUAUAACUAUAUAUAGCUACAACCAAUCAUGAUGUUCCAGCACCAACAGAACGUGGAAUAACACCAAGUGGCAAAUGCAUAUUAUUGUGAUUUUUUUGUUUUUGUUUUUGAAUAAAAUAUUGAUUAUAUUAUUCUGAA